CGGGCCACUGCUCUCAGCUCCUGUUCCGUCAGCUGAUGGGUCGGUGGGCGGGUCGGCGGCAGCAGCGGCAGCCGACAGCCCCUCCUGCUCGGUGCGGGGGGGCAUUCUCUGAGCGGCAGGGAGGGGAUGCGCGGCGGUGCCGCGCGGUGGCGCGGGGGGGGUCGCACGGCACGGGGCGCCGGGCAGCGGAGGGCAGCAUUGCACCCAGCCCUCCCCCCGAGGCGCCAGACCAGCACCGGACGCGUGGGGCAGGGCGUGGCGCAGUGGGCGGCGGCGGCGGCUCCGCUGUGGGCGCCGCACGGGCUGCCACUGGCGGCGACCCCACGCACAGCAUUUGGCGCGGCGGGGGGAUGGGGCAAGGAGGGGCUGUCCCCGCCAGGCUCGCCUGCCGAAUCCUGCGCGGAGCAGGUCGCGGCGGGGCGGGGCAGAGUGGGGAGGCGGCGGCAGGGGGCGGGCGAGGCGGCGCGGCUCCGCGCGGCAGCUGCAGGGUGGACCCCGCAGCGGCGGCGGGCAGCGGGGGGGUCGCCGCGGCAUGCCGGGCCCGUGAGGGGCGGGGAGCAGGGCCGGCGGAGCGGCGGCCACGGCGGGAGCGGCGUUGAACCGCUCUGGCUCAGCGCGACACGGGCGGAGGCAGCGCACGCACGCCAGCGGCACCACCCGGGCACAGUGACCCAGCAAAAAGGCUCACAAAAGUCCCGCAGCCCUUCCAACAACCCCGCGCUGGCCACGCCCAACACCCGACAUGGGGGUGGGGGUCUCCUGCAUGGGCUCGAACUCUGCAUCAGAGCAAUCAUCGUCAUAAGAGACGGAGAUCACAGGGGAACCAGUCCUGGUUCCUGUCGAAAGCCCAGAAUCAGCUUCGAAUUCCUCUCCAGCCUCUUUUAAAAGCAGGAAAACUGUGGUCCAUGCCCGUAAAAGAGUGCCUGCCUUAGAGUUUCCGUCAAGGACGGAUGAGAAAAGGCUUUUCCCCAGGGUUCGCCAUGGGCCGAUUGAGAGUGUUUUUUCAGCACUAUAAAAAAUUCCAAGUUUCUUUCCCCAGCUAAACAGUUCUCUCACAUGUUUCCUGGUCAGGUCAGCAUCACGGGACAACAAAAAGGAGUGGAGCAGUUCCAUCAUCAGUCGUUCCUCUGAGAACAUCGUGGGUUUCUUCUUUUUGCAGCUGUAGAAGGCAGAUUUUUUUCUUCUUCUUUUUUUUUUUUUUUUUUUUCUUCUUUUUUCUUGCCUCACUAGCUUGCAACUUGACCACGUUGGGCACCAGUUAUCACUGUGCAGGCCUAGCCAGAAAACAGACUGGGGACACAGAUCUGGGUGCAACAGAGCAUGCAGGGCAGAAGCCCCGGUUUAUUUACAAAAGCCUACUUUUAUACUUUUCCUAUGAGGCCUGUGGAUUGGAGGAAGGAAUUCCCACCUCCCCACCACAUUGGUUAAGGAGACCGUCACACAGUCUUGUUUGUCCCAGCAGGGAAUGUACAAACAAUGGCUAUGUUUAUAGAACAUAGCUGGUGUUUACAUUAAAAGAGCAUGAGAAGAUACAGACUUCUUUAAUAUGAACGCUCAGCCAAACCAGGAAAAACUCAUGGCAACAAAGUGCUUUUCAUCUAUGCCUAAUACCAAAUACAUUUGCUGAUGUAAACAGAAAUAAAAGAAAAAUAAGAUAAUUUUGUAGCCAGACCCUCACAGAAAACAAUGCCCAAUACAACAGCUUGCAAGACAUGAAAACAUCAAAUUACAGGGAUAAAAUUUCUUCAUGCAGAAAAAGCUUUCAUUUUCCCAUUCAACACCAUAGCUCUGUUUUGAUCCUGACAUUGUUUGCUUAAUUUUUCAGCAGCCCCUUACUACAAUGUGCUCUGUUCCAGCCUUGAUGGAAAGGAACACUCCAGAAUUGCCUUACUAGAGUGUAUUUCCCAAGCAGCCUUGCUUCUCUUCAGGUCUGGGAAUGAGAUGAGCACGGGAAUCAGAUACCUUUGAGAGCAGCAGUAAUUUACAACAGAAAAGAGGGCAACUCCAGCAGCAGAUGUGCCAUCCCGGUGGGAGUGUGAAUGACCCAGCGAUCAGGAUGAUAUAUGGAUCUCAUCCCCCCAUCUAGAGUGCUCAUCCCAAAUGAUCAGCCGAUAUGAAUCUCGCCGCACCCUCAGAACUAUACAUCCCAAUACCUGGUUCCCAAAAUAGAAUCAAGUAUUCAUCUCUCCUCAGAAAAACCUAUUGAACUGACAGGACGGUGAAAAGAGGACUACAUGAAUAUAGAAAGAAACAAAAGAGACAAAAAAAAGUAUGAAGCAACACUGUCCCGCUGAAGAAACUGUGUAUAAGCAGAGCCCGCAGAAACCAAAUUCGUGAACAAGGGAGCUCCGGUGCGAUAGAGGCCGAAGCUAAGGUUCACCCAGUGCCAAUCCCGGGACUCGACACUGAAUCUUUGAUUGUGUGCUUACC